AUGUCUGAAUUUGACACGAUCGAUUUAGAUACCGUAGUCGGCAAAUCGCAAUAUGCUUUGUAUGAAUAUCAUUUCGCACAGUCCGACCCUCACGAUCAUGGUAUCGUGAGUUCCAUCGAAGCGAAUAAUUACUUUCAACGGGCACAUUUAAAACCUGAACAUUUGAAAAUUAUUUGGAAUUUAGCUGAUCCGCACGGUCGAGGUUAUUUGGAUCGGCGAGGAUUUUAUAUUGGAUUGAAACUUAUUGCUCUCGCACAAAAUAACCUCGAUUUCAAUGAUUACUCAAAUAUAACGAAAGAUAUUGUCCCGCCGAACUUAGGUGGUGACAUUCCACAAAGCAUAAGUCUUGCCGUGGCAGAUAUGUGGACCAUUGGACCUACAGCUCGUUGUACAUUUGAUGUCGCAUUCGAGAAACUAAGUGGAACAAUGAGUAAACUUCCAGGUACAUCUGUCAAGCCCAUAUUUCUCAAGUCUGGUCUAUCAGCUGAUCAAUUGCAUAAGAUUUGGGACUUAAGUGACAUUGAUGAAGAUGGCGCAUUAGAUCGAAAUGAAUUCGCAAUUGCAAUGUUUCUUAUUCAUGGUGUAAAAACUGCAACUAUUCGCGAAUUACCCGACCGAUUACCAACAAAUCUAAUGCCGAUACGCAUGCGUCGAGUAUCGGGUGUUGACAUCAAUAUUAGUCUACCGAAUAUCAUGUCAACAGGAGGUGCAUUAGCAUCGUUAGCACCCUCGCAAAUCUCACCAUCGAAACGAACGGACGAUCAAUGGAUUGUUAGUUUCGAAGACAAGCAAAAAUUCGAUGUGCUAUUUCAUCAACUUGACUUAGAUAAAGAUGGAUUCCUGUCAGGCAAUGAUGUUUUUCAAACAUUUUUAACAAGUGGCCUACCUAAUUUUGUACUGUCGCAUAUAUGGAAUCUGUGCGAUAUCGGUCAAACGGGUAAACUCAAUCCUGAACAGUUUGCAUUAGCAUCGCACUUCAUUCAACUGAAAUUGCAAGCACCGAACUACCAAAUUCCUAUGGAACUUUCACAUGAUAUGAUUCCACCAUCGCUUCGGCCGAAGACAUUCUCAGUUAAUGACAGUGACAACGCUGAAUUGCAACGAUUAUUGAGCGAAGUCAAUGCGUUAACCAGCGAGAAAAGUCUAUGCGAAAUCCAAUUCAAUGAAAAACAACAAGCGGUCAAAGAUAAACGUGCUGAACUCGCAUCCCUUGAACUUCGAUGCGGGACAGUCAAUGCAACGCUAGUUGAGCGUCAACAACGUAUGACCGAAAAGCAGAGCGAACUGAGCGAUAUACAAAACCGUAAGGAAAAGGCAAUCAAAGAUAUUCAUGAUAUCGAACAGCAAAUCAAAGAGGAAAAUCGCUUAAUUGAGUUGGCACGAGAAAAGAUCAAUGAACUAUCCGUUGAAACCGAUGCUCAGCAAGAAGUUCGUCAAACAUUAAAUAGAAUCCGUGAUGAAAAAAAUACCAUUGAAAGUCGACUUUUAAACAAACAACAGCAAUUCAAUCAAGUUAAACUUGAUCUCGAGCGAUAUCAGAAUGUUGUCGAAGGUCAACGUGCACUCAUUGAAGAAUAUAUGAAGAGUGAACAAAAAGAUUCACUUUCAGCAAUCAAUGAAUUGACAUCAAAAUUCAAACAGUUGGCUGAUAGUCCAGUUAAAACAGCAGUUUCACCAACUACAGCUAAUAAAGUUGUUACUCCAAAACAACAAUCACAAGUCACAUCACCGACGAGCACGUCUGCUGAUCCAUUUGGUUUGCCUGCUAAUGCGAAUAAUACAUUCAAUGCAUUUCCAACGACAGCCGAUCCGUUCGGAGUUAGUCGAGCGGAUGAUCCAUUCUUUUCGGCUUCGGCAGCAUCAACUGGUGGUGGUAAUCAGAAAUUAGACGAAUCGGAUCCAUUCCGACCGGUGGAUUUCAAUGCGGCACAUGAACUAAUAAAAAAAUCUAUGGCUAACCGUUCGAAAACUCCUGGUGCAAAUAUGUUCGGUGGAAGUGAUUUUAGUCAAAUGGCGGCACCAGCAGUCAAUCGACCGCAAUCUGCAAUGCCAUGGGAACCGACCCGUCAAGCUCCACCACAACCUGGCACACAGGCAUUUACUGAUCUCUUCGAUGUAUUUGGCUCAUAG